AUGCAGCCAGAAACCAAUCCCUCCUUUUGGCCAUAUCUGCAACAGAGAUUCAAUUCACUGGUUUGGUCAUGUCUGGAUGCAAAUUUACACAAAUCUGCGCUGUUCUAUGCAGAGAGGUAUUUUGCUCUCGAUCAGGAUAAUCAUGACGCGCGACAUCUAUAUGCCACGGCCAUGCUUCGUGCUAGUCAGACCCACUCAGCACUUCAUCUCGUAAAUCUACCUCUCGACCAGCGGUGUAGUGGUUGUUUGGAGAUCAAGUCAAAGUGCUGCUCGCUGCUUGGGAGACAUAGGCAUGCACGCGAGGCACUGGAGGAGAGCUUGAAAGAUUCUACAUAUUCCCCCUCACCAUCACUUGGGCAACGCACUACACGUGCAUUCCCCGAAGAGGCUGCCCUCCACUGUCAAUCUGGCCUGAACGCGAUGAAAGGCAAGCUGCCAGACCACGCCCGACGAAGCUUCCGCCUGGCACUGGCGCUCAACCCAAUGUUAUGGGAUGCAUUCCUGGGUCUUUGCAGUCUAGGAUCAGUCCCCGAAGUCGAGGAGCUAUUCCCAUCGCGUCCGCCUCCCAUCCGACGUGCACAGUCUGACGAAUCUCUGCCGCCGCCAAAACAACCACCUUCGGGGCCAGUUGCCACAGGCGCUGGUUUUUUUACACCCGACACAGGCAAUGCUGGAAAUCUUUUCCGCACCUACAGAAAUGACCAUGGCCACCCACCAUUCCGCAUAACAGGGUCAAGAGAUUCUAUCGCAGCGAAUGAUUCCUUCUCAUACCCACCGGAACACUCUGUCCUCCAAGCCCAUUAUCGCCCCAAAGUGGCGCAAUCUCAAGCGUCACGACCAUUAUAUUCAUCAGACGAAGCCGGGCCUGUGCCCAAGAAGCUGCGCUCGUCUAGUAUACGCCAGCGCUCCGGCGAAAUACUACUCAAGGCGUCUAAACUUCCCGCGCCGACCGCGGCUGCAGCGGAUGACGCCCGUUCGAAAAAGGCACGCGCACGCCCGGCCUUGACUCUUGCUAACAUCUUCUCAUCAUCUACCGGUCGCCGUCAACAGUCUGCGGCGACGACCUCCAGGAACGCAACAACCGCGGGUGGUGGCAAGUCAGAUCGCGAGGCGAACGCGGCUACACGGCGAAGCGCGCGGUUGAUGGGGGGACCAAGUAAACCAUCAAUCCCAGGCAAGCCUCCAUCAGUUCGAGAACGACGAAAACUGCAGGCAAGGACUCAUUCACAGUCGCGAUCUAUUGAUUCCGACAUGGACGAAGACCCUGCGACGAUGGCGGAAAACACUCACUCACAGUCGCCACCCUCCAUAACACAUUCUCAGCCAUCAGACCCGUCACCUGCUCCAAGUAAUCCAAUAGUUGCACAGGAGCAGGCAGCGCAAGAAGCAUUUGAACUGGAACAAGCGGAUCAAUACAUUUACGAUCUAAUGCGGUUGUUCGCUAGCGCGAUGCGAGCUCUCGCUAUCUACGACACGCAGUUAUGUCUCGACGAGCUGGAGAAACUACCUCACGUGCAUCAACGAUCUGCGCUUGUCAUGGCUACCGUAGGGCGGGCACAUUUCGAACGGACAGAUUAUACUGCUGCGGAACGUGCCUUCCAAGCGGUCCGAACCCUGGAGCCAUAUCGCUUAUGGGAUAUGGAGGUGUAUUCGACCCUUCUAUGGCAUCUCCAGAGAUCGGUGCAACUUUCGUUUCUGGCACAGGAGCUCUUAGCGAUCGACCCUCGCUCGCCUCAGGCAUGGAUUGCUAUUGGAAAUACCUUUUCACUCCAGAAGGAACGCGCACAAGCUUUGACGUGUUUCAGGCGUGCUCAACAGUUGGACCCCACUUGCGCGUACGCGUUCACCCUCGCCGGACACGAAUUGAUUGACGAAGACAUCGACAAUGCUGUUGUGUCGUUCCAAUCAGCCCUGCGUGCGGAUAGUCGGCACUACAAUGCCUGGUAUGGGCUGGGAACUUGCUACCUGCGGAUGAGCAAAAUACGAAUGGCCGAGUACCAUUACAGGAAGGCAGCGGAGAUUCAUCCCAACAACGCGGUGCUCCUAGGUUGCGUCGGAAUGGCCGUUGAGCGCCGUGCUGAUCAUCAAGCUGCUUUAGCGCUAUUCGACCAAGCCGUCAAGCUUUCUCCUGAGAACGCUCUGGUUCGUUAUCGUCGAGCAAAAAUACUGAUCUCAAUGAAGCGAUACACGCUUGCCGUGAGAGACUUGGAAUUCCUUCGGGAUUCGUCGCCAGAAGAGUCGAACGUUAUCUUCCAGCUAGCGCGCGCAUAUCGCCUCAUUGGCGAUCAGGUGAAGGCAGCGCAGAUGCUUGCAGUUGCCCGCGAUGUGUCGCCGAAGAGCGUGAACAAGAUUAAGAAGUUGCUGGAGACGACGAAGGACGAGGAAGCGGCCGACGAGAUGGAUGAGGGGUGA